CUAUUAUUUUUGUCAUUUGUGGUCUGGGUUUGGUUGUAUUUAAAAGGAUUCACUCAUUUUAGGAGCGGUAUUUGAAAACUGUAAGCUGUUAAAACCUUAAACUUCUUCAACUUUACGUUAGCAAUAUGGGAAUCCAAAAAAAGGAGAUCCGUAAAAAAAACAAAAAACACGUAAUUUGUAUGGCUUCCGACUUCUUUUAUCCUAACACAGGCGGAGUAGAGGAGCAUAUUUAUAAUUUAUCACUAUGUCUAAUCAAAAGAGGUCAUAAAGUAGUUAUAAUUACUCAUUCUUACGGAAAACGAGUUGGAAUAAGGUAUUUAACUUGCGGACUGAAAGUAUAUUACUUGCCUGUAAAAGUAUUUUAUGCUCAGUGUGUUCUGCCAACUAUGAUAUGCAAUAUAGCACUGAUAAGAUAUAUAUUGAUAAGAGAGAGAGUAGAGAUUGUACAUGGACAUUCUGCAUUCAGUGUAUUGUGUCAUGAAGUGUCAAUUAUAGGUAAACUUAUGGGUUUGAAAACAGUGUUCACUGAUCACAGUCUAUUCGGAUUUGCUGAUACUUCAGCUGUCUUAACAAACAAGUACCUUCAGAUGUGUUUAUGUGAAUGUGAUCAUUGUAUCUGUGUGUCGCACACUGGUAAAGAAAAUACUGUGCUCAGAGCAAAAGUAAAAGCAUACAAGGUUUCUGUGAUACCUAAUGCUGUUGAUGCCUACAGCUUUACUCCAGACCCAAGCAAAAGAGAUCCUAAUGUGAUAACAAUAGUCAUUGUAUCCCGCCUUGUAUACAGAAAAGGUGUUGAUUUAAUGGCUGCUGUAAUAGCUGAUAUGUGCCCUAGAUACCCAAGAAUAAGAUUCAUAGUUGGAGGAGACGGUCCUAAAAUGUGGCUUCUACAAGAAGUGAGAGAACAGAAAGGUUUCCAACACUGUGUGACCCUUUUAGGAAGUCUCAAACAUUCAGAAGUAAGAGAUGUGCUUGUGAAAGGGGAUAUAUUUUUGAAUACAUCUCUUACUGAAGCCUACUGUAUGGCAAUAGUCGAAGCGGCAUCUUGUGGGUUAAAAGUAGUAUCAACUAAAGUAGGUGGUAUACCUGAAGUGUUGCCAGACAGCAUGAUUUACCUGACCGAACCAAAUGUUGGCAGUCUUGUGGAAGGAAUUCAAAAGGCCAUGGAAGACAUAGACAAAGGCAAUAUAUUAUGUCCUUUUGAAUGCAAUAUGAAGGUAAGGAAAAUGUACAAUUGGAUGGAUGUAACAAAGAGGACAGAAAUAGUAUACAACAAUAUAUCUUUGAAUAAAAAUAAUCCUUUAGGUUUACAAUUACGAAACUACCUCACAUGUGGUGUCUGGCCAUUUUUGUUAGUUAUAAGUCUUAUGUAUUUAUUGUUAAAGUUGACAGAGAAAAUAUAUAAAAGGAAACAUAUAGAUAUAGCAAGGGAUUAUAAGUUAUAGUGACAAAAAUAAGCCUGUGUGCUAAGUUGGGAAUCUAUUAGUUUUUAAGACGAAAAUUGUAUCCCAGUGUAAGGUUGUAUAACACACUGUUGCCUUGAUUAUAAAUAAGGAGUCACUAAUAUUGUUAUCAUUAAUUUGUAUAAAGUUUAAUAAGUAGGUAAAUGUACCAAAGAAAUGAACAAUUAUUUAUUUUGGAAUGAUAUUUAUUAACAUAAUAAUGAAAAAAAAAACAUUGGCUUAACUAGUCUCUAAUAAUAGUCCGCCAUUAUGAUUUAUACAAUAUACUAUAAAAUGAAUAAAUAACUUCUGUUAUUGUUAUUAUUAUUACAUUCCAGUAUUAUUAUUCAACAUCAUUGGAAUAACUUUAUAUUAAUGUUUUCCUAAUUUAUUAUAAUUAAUAAGUGUGAUUUUUAUAUACGAGACUGAUGAUUAGGUACAAUUUUUUGUAAUAAUGUAACUCGUACAUCUUCACUGGAAAUUCAAGCUCUGUGAACAAAAGAUAUAAACAUCGAUUACAUUGAUUAGUUGAUAA